AUGCCUCGAGCUGCUCUUGAACCGGAAUGUGUGCUGGUCAACGGUGUCUUCCAAUGGAAACAUGCGCUGGCCAAUGGUCACCAAGAAGAGAAUUUUUCCGUACCUGUGAAAGUCGCAGUGGCAGCAAAUGGCGUCAGGUCGUCUCAGGCCAAUGGAGCUGUAGCCGUAGGGACACCACCAGCCAAAAUAACUGAUUACAAGGCUGUCAAAGCUCCCUACAACUACAUUAACACCCUUCCCUCGAAAAAUAUUAGGGAGACCUUCAUCGACGCCCUGAACUCUUGGCUAGAAGUCCCCGCGGCAUCUUCAACGUCUAUCAAAUCUAUUAUCGGCAUGCUCCACCAUUCAUCUCUCAUGCUCGACGACAUUGAGGAUAAUUCAGUUCCGCGUAGAGGAAGUCCUACCGCUCAUACUUUGUUUGGCGUGGGACAAACAAUAAACUCAGCCAACUACACUUUUGUGUGUGCUUUCGAGGAACUCCAGAAGCUUCAGAGCCCAAACGCUAUAGGGGUCUUUAUCGAGCAGUUGAAGAACCUACACUGUGGACAGGGUCUGGACCUGUAUUGGAAAUAUAACACUCACGUUCCCACCGCUGACGAGUACAUGACCAUGAUUGAUCAUAAGACAGGCGGUCCCUUUCGAUUGUGUGUUCGGCUGAUGCAAGGCGAGUCUAGCGGGAAGACCGAGCACAUUGAUGCGCGCCGAUUCGUCACAUUACUUGGGCGCUAUUUCCAAAUCCGCGACGAUUACCAGAACCUCACGUCAGCCGAAUACACUUCUCAAAAAGGCUUUUGGGAGGACCUGGAUGAGGGCAAGAGUUCGUGGCCGCUCAUCGACUGUCUCACCGGCUCUGAUCCCGAACAGACUAUGAUAAAGGGUAUACUACAGCACAAAGGCGUUGGAGAGAUGCCGAUGGCUAUGAAACGACUGAUACUGGGAAAGAUGAGAAAGGGAGGAGCCCUCGACUCCACUUUCUUGCUGCUCCAGGACAUGCAAGAGGACAUACUCAAGGAGCUGGAAUUGCUUGAAGCUGAAUUCGGGUCUGAGAAUCCCAUCCUCGAAUUAGUUCUAAGGAGAUUGUGUCUGUGA